ACAGCCCGACUUUUUGUGUGGACUUGACCUUCGACCUCACCUUCACCACCAACAAACUCCAUCCACCAGACUCGGUACUAACAGUCAAGAUGGGCAAGGGACUCAAGAAGCACCAGAAGCGCCUCAGCGCGCCCUCGCACUGGCUUCUCGACAAGCUGUCGGGCACCUACGCUCCCCGCCCUUCGGCCGGUCCCCACAAGCUCCGCGACUGCAUGCCCCUGAUCGUCUUCCUGCGCAACCGCCUCAAGUAUGCGCUCAACUUCCGCGAGACCCGCUCCAUCAUGAUGCAGCGCCUCGUCAAGGUUGACGGCAAGGUCCGCACCGACAUCACCUACCCCGCUGGCUUCAUGGACGUCAUCACCAUCGAGAAGACCGGCGAGAACUUCCGCCUCAUCUACGACAUCAAGGGCCGCUUCACCGUCCACCGUAUCCAGGCUGAGGAGGCCGAGUACAAGCUCGGCAAGGUCAAGCGUGUCCAGCUUGGCCGUGGUGGAGUCCCAUUCUUGGUCACGCACGAUGCCAGGACCAUCCGCUACCCUGACCCUCUGAUCAAGGUCAACGACACGGUGAAGAUUGACCUUGCCACUGGCAAGAUCACCGACUUCAUCAAGUUCGACACGGGCGCCAUUGCCAUGGUCACCGGUGGCCGCAACAUGGGUCGUGUUGGUGUCAUCACUCACCGUGAGCGUCACGACGGUGGUUUCAACAUCAUCCACGUCAAGGAUGCCAUUGACAACACCUUCGCCACCCGUGAGAGCAACGUUUUCGUCAUCGGCUCUGAGAAGCCCUGGAUCUCCCUGCCCAAGGGCAAGGGUGUCAAGCUCACCAUCGCCGAGGAGCGUGACCGCCGUCGCGCCCACGCCAUUGCUGGCCAGUAGACGAUUCAUGUUUUCUAGUCCAGGUCAAUGGGGGCGGGGGGGAGCAAACAGGGUUUCAAAAAGGGUGUUGAGUGCAAAGCAUGAGACAAACGGAGUACAGGGCUGAUUUCGAGUUUUCGGCUUUAUGAACUACUACCCGGCGGGUAGCUGUAGCCAGCAAUACCAUGCCAUUGAAGAUCACCCUGACGUUACCUGUUA